GAUACUGAGGCUGUUGCUGUUCUCUGGAGCUGGGCUGUGUGUGUCUCCUCUUCAGCCCCCCCCCCGACAGGCCUGCUGGGAGCACGCGCGUCUGCUGAACGCUGAGCGGGUGAGGGAGUAAUGGAGGGAGAGGAGGAAGAGAUGCAGACUCCGCCGCUCACAGACACGAUGUGAAGAAAGGAGCAGCGAUCUUCAGGAAGGAGCGUCCGUGGAAAGCCACCCUGCUGAGAUUUACCUGCCCAUACUGGACACAGUUCUUCUGCUGCAGGCUGACUGACUGCUUUACAGAAGGGCUUUGAAGAAGACUUUUGAACUGCCUGUAAACGUAAACAUGUGAGAUGGGGCCUCUGUGCGAGAGAUAGCAGCUUCAUGCUGGAAAGCCCACAGAGCCCCAUGGCCUGUUUCCCUGCUGUUCCUGAGAGUCAGACUGCCCUCAGUCCCUGUUAGGUCUCUGUAUCCCUGAACGAGGGUCAGGGGUCACCAGAGAGGAGGAAGAUGAUGAUGAUGUCGGCCGCUGUGGUUCCCAGUGUGCCGGACGGCCAGGCCACUCCCAUCCCCACCCUGACGGUGCUCCCUCCCUCCUCUGACACCGAGUCCUGCUCGCCUGGGCCUGGGCCCCGCCCCCGCCGGCACCGCGCCCGCAGAGAGAGGGGGAGGGACAGGAGGCGGCGGGGCUUGGAGCAGGAGGGCCAAACCAGGCAACGGCAGGACGAGAGGGACGGAGGGAGGGAAGAUGAGCGGCACAGCCCCUCCCCGUGCCUCCUGGCCCCGCCCCUCUCCUGCUCACGCAGCUCCUCCCCCUCCAAGCGCUCGCGCUGGUCCCUCAGGAGCCUGCUGGGCCGGGACUCGGCCGAGAGCGACAGCUGCAGCACUGCCAGUAACUCUCCGCGCAGCACGCCCGGCAGCUCGCCCUCAGUGCGGCGUAGGGUGCUGGGGGGGCGCACCAGCGAGGGGGAGGGGGGAGGGGACCGCACCGGAGGCGGGACCGACAGCCCCCUGUCUGCCGCGCCCUCCUACCCUCUCGGCCCCCGACACUUCACACGCAACGCCAAGAAAAUGCAGAGCUGGUACAAUGUGCUCAGCCCGACCUAUAAGCAGCGGAACGAAGACUUCCGAAAGCUCUUCAAGAAGCUGCCGGACUGCGAGAGGCUGAUUGUGGAUUACUCCUGCGCUCUGCAGAAGGACAUUCUGCUGCAGGGACGCCUCUACCUGUCUGAGAACUGGCUCUGCUUCUACAGCAACAUCUUCCGCUGGGAGACCACUAUCACCAUCUUGCUGAAGGACAUCACCACCUUGACCAAGGAGAAGACCGCCAAGCUCAUCCCCAACGCCAUCCAGAUCAGCACUGACCACGACAAGCACUUCUUCACCUCGUUUGGAGCGAGAGAUCGCAGUUACAUGAUGAUCUUCAGACUGUGGCAGAAUGCUCUGAUGGACAAGUCUCUGUCCCCGAGGGAGAUGUGGCACAUCGUGCACCAGUGCUACGGCACAGAGCUGGGGCUGACCAGCGAGGACGACGACUACGUCUCCCCCACAGCUGAACACAUCAACGGCCUGCUGCCGGGGGAGGAGGCCGUGUCAGUGUCGGAGCUGCUGGACCUCAGCUCAGCGGCGGUGGCCUGCUCUCUACCCUGCGUAGCGGGCGUGGCCAGUGUGGGUUCCUCCCCUUCCUCCAGUGCAUCCAUGGAUGCACCUGCAUCACGACUCAACGCUGAGCUGGAGCCGAGCCCACCCAGCUCCCAGAGUUCCCUGCCGUCCACCACCCACUCCACUCAGACAGGGGGCAUAUCUGCCAACAUUGAGGAGGGUGGGGAGAGCCAGUCUGAGUCAGCCAAUCACGCGCCUCCCCCCACACCGCAUAGCUUGGGCAACCACUCCUCAUUGGAUAUCACCAAUGAUGAGGAGCUCCCCACCGACCCCAGCAACUCGUCAGACACACAAGAAGAGAGUGAGGUGGAGGCGUUCUGCUCGGACCUGAGUGGCCGGCUGCACAUUAACAUGGUGGUUCGCAUGGGCGUGGACAAGCUGCACGACCUGCUCUUCUCAGCCGACACUCACUUCAUCCAGCACCUCUUCUCCCAGAGACACUUCACAGAUCUGACUGUGCGUGAUUGGCAGCAGGACAAUAACAAUGGAAACAGCAGCCGGGUUCUGAGCUACACCAUCGCCAUCAACAACCCCCUCGGCCCCAAAACCGCGCCUGUGGUGGAGACACAGACACUCUAUAAGAAGAGCUGCCGGGGUGAGUGCUAUGUGGUGGACUCUGAGGUCAUCACCUCAGGCAUCCCCUACCAGGACUACUUCUACACUGUGCACCGAUACUGCCUCACCUCCAUCAACAGACACAAGAGCCGGCUCAGAGUGUCCUCAGAUAUCUGCUACAGAAAGCAGCCGUGGAGCCUGGUGAAGGCGCUGAUCGAGAAGAACACCUGGAGCGGCAUCGAGGAGUACUACAGGCACAUGGAGGCGGAGGUGUGCAAGCUGGAGACCCUGCUGCAGUCGGAGGUGUCGGUGGUGGGGGCCGGCGAGGGGGCGGCCGACGCAGCCAAAACCCCCCCGGGUCUGCGCAGACGCAAGCGAGCUUGCCCACGGAGAGCAGGCGAGCGGGAGAGAGAGGGGGGCGGGGCGGGGGAGCGUGCAGGCCCGGGUCCCGCCGAGGACAGAGACGGCAGAGACGCAGGUGCUCAGUAUAAGCUGGGGGAGCGGGCGCGAGGAGCCAGCAGCAUCUCUACCAUACUACUCAUCGUCAGCUUUAUGAUCUGUGUCAGUCUGGUAGUGCUGGUGGCGCUGAACAUGAUGCUGUUCUACAAGCUGUGGGCUCUGGAGCGCGCGGCACACACACUGGAGACCUGGCACUCCUACUCCCUCACAGACAGUCCCCUGCCCCAGUCUGCGGGGGAGUGGGCCCAGGUAUUGCAGCUGCAGAGGCAGUUCCACCAGGCCCAGCUCAGCAAGUGGCAGCAGAUACUGCAGUCCUCUGUGACCCUGCUGGACCAGAUGAAGCAGUCCCUGGAAAAGCUGCAUCGAGGAAUUGUAACUCCAGAGGUCCAGCAGGACCCCCCCUCUGAGCCUGCAGCAGACCCUGUGGCUCAGCACUGACCCCCCCCACCCCCCCUCAGUGGGGCUGCACUGAGCAGGACUGGAGCCUGUGUGCUGAGCAAGCAGCGAGCAGCUGUCUCUGAAACGCUGAUGUGUGCGUGUUUGGGAAAGGUGGCUGCCACUGCUUCAGACACAUCAGAACUGAUGAAUUCAGCUUCCUUUCUUUUAUCCUUGGAGACACCGACAACAGUCUAGCCUGACGCGGGACCCCUAGAGGGCACCCUCUCUGCUGCGUGGACCUGCUCAUGACUCCAAUGCACCUGCCAGGGGGUCCAGCAGAACGGGAGGAACAGCGCCCCCUCCUGGGGAAUAAACAGUGUUUCAGGUGACCUUUCUCUCCAUGUACAGAAGAAAUCUCUCCUCUUUUUUGGGUUCUGUCUCCAUGGUUUUUAUCAUUUUGGACGCUCGGUGUGUAUGAUGGAGCUUUGAAAAGUGUGACUGUGUGUGUGUGUGUGUGUGUGUGUGUGUGUGUGUGUGUGUUCCACCGUAACAGUAUUUAUCGUAAGACUUGAAAAAGUCUGUCAUAGUGUGGAGUCAUUCUGUUUUUGUGUUGUUAUGUUUAAGCAUGGACCAAGCAAGGGUAAAUGAUUUAAAUAAUACAGAUUCUAGCAAUAAUGAGAAUAGCAGUUUCAAGUAAUUAAACAAUUGUGUAGAGAAAUGGAACUUCAGGAAGUAGAAUCUGCACCUUAUCAGGGCAAAGACACAGUUGGUAGAUUGAGACUCUUAUCACAGUUAGUUAGAUGUUCCUCAGUCUUUGAGUGAGAGAUGGCGGCUUAGUGUGGCUCUCUGUAGACUGAAUCAUUAAUGAUUGUAUUAAUGGGAUGAACUUGAACUGAUCCGGGUUCCGAUGGACUGCAGCACCAAACAGAACCUCAGCCCAGGUGAAAGGGAUUUGCAGUAUUGUGUUCAGUGUUUGUGUAUUCACCGUCUCAGACAUUUUUUAUAUCUUUAUUUUUAGUCCCGUGAUAACUGCUGUUCACUGUGUUUUUACCUUUUUGGUUCAUCCCCUCUUCAUCACACUCCUCCUCUCCCUCGGCCCCCCGGCCCUGCUCUGAGUGGGCCUUGCUGUGCACGGUCCCGUCCCAUCUGAGGAUGUGUUAUUUAUUAGGGGAGGCGGAGGGGAGGCAGCGGGACUGUACUGUACUGUACUGUACUGUAAAGAUCUGACUGUUCAAGAUGCUGUGAGAAGAAA